AUGGAGAUUCCGGAACAAGUGGAAUCUUGUGAAAAUCCGAAAAAAGCUUUUCCAGAAAUUAGCGGCAGUUCAGAUAACUUCAGUGAUGAUCCAGCUCUGCAAAAAGCAGCUGGCCAGGUAGAUGCACUUUAUGUUAAAGAAUACAAGCGGGAAGUACAGUACUGGAGAGAAGUUUUAAAGAGAGUUGUUGCAGCGAUCAAGGCAUUGGCAUCAAGAGGACUUUCAUUCAGGGGUUCGACGGAAGUAUUUGGUAGUCUACAUAAUGGCAAUUAUAUGAUGCUAUUAGAAUUUCUAGCUGAAUUUGACCCUUUUCUUGCUGAUCACAUUGAAAAGUACGGAAAUCAAGGCAGAGGGAACUUCUCUUACUUGUCAUCAUCGAUUUGUGAAGAAAUUAUCCAAAUUAUGGCUACAGAAGUUCUAAAAUCAAUUGAUCAGGAAGUUACAGAAGCCAAAUACUAUUCAACAAACGUAGACUCCACACCAGAUAUAACGCAUACCGAUCAACUGGCUUUUAUUACUCGCCAUAAUAAAGAAGACGGAAAACCAGUGGAAAGAUUUUUAGGAUUUAUACCAAAUCCGGGACACAAGGCUGAAGACCUUUAUAACGCUGUUAUUAAGAUGAUGGAGGAGCAUAAUUUCAAUUUUGCGAAUUGUAGAGGUCAAUCCUAUGACAAUGCGGCAAAUAUGUCAGGAAUAUAUAAUGGACUGCAAGCAAAAAUAAAAGAAAUCUCUCCUUUGGCAUAUUGGAUCCCAUGCGCGGCUCAUUCGCUGAACCUCGUCGGAGAACACGCUGCUGGAUCGUGUAAGGCAUCUCGGGAUUUUUUCUCACUUUUUCAGGAUAUUUACGUUUUCUUCUCAAUCUCGACUGCUCGCUGGGGGAUACUAAUGAAACAUCUGACUGGCCCUUCAGUGAAACGAUUAUCUACAACUCGCUGGUCGGCGAGAUAUGAAGCUUGCAACAGCAUGAACCAAAAUUGGAAAGAAGUUGUCGCAGCUUUGAGUGAAAUUGAUGAGCGGGACAGGUCUAAGACUGGGAGUGAAGCAAAAGGAUUGAAAAUCAAGCUAACAUCUCUGGAAACCGCAAUAAUGUUCGCUGUAUGGAGUCCAAUUUUGGAAAGAUUUGAUAAAGUGAGCGAAGCAAUACAGAAAGUUGGCAUUGGUAUAGAUGAAGUAGUUUUGUAUUAUGAGUCAUUGGUUGAUUAUAUCUUAGGAUUAAGAGAUCAAUUUGAUCGAUUUGAGGAGAGAGCGAAGAUCAAUUCUGGAUUUGAGAAAUAUCGAAGUGAAGAAAGAAGAGCCACAACAAGAACUGUUCCUGCUGAUGAAACUCGAGUGGGACAUACUGCUUUGAGUGGGAGGGAAAACUUCAGAGUAGGGGUUUAUCUUGUUAUAAUUGACUAUCUAACAAGAGAAUUGAAUCAACGUAAAAAUUGCUACAAGGGUUUUGCUGCGAAAUUCUCCUUUUUAUUAAAACUGAAAUCGAUUAGUUCCGAAGAAUUAGGAGUAGCGGUUACUAAUCUCAUCUCUAGUUUUCCUCAGGAUUUAGAUGAAAAACUCCACGAUGAAUGUUUGCACUUCAAAUCCUACUUAGCACAGUUAGAACAACCUCCAAAAACUCUACACGAGAUGAGUACCUUCAUUAGAAGUGAUAAAAGCAAGUGCAAGUGUUUCCCUACAUCGAUAUUAAUUACAAUUAGAAUGUUUUUAUGCACUUUUGCAACGAACUGUUCAGCAGAAAGGUCGUUUUCAGCAUUGAAGCGAAUUUUAUCCUAUUUGCGAUCUAGCAUGUCUCAAGAGCGUUUGAAUUCUCUGGCCGUUUUGUGCAUUGAAGCUGAAUUGUUGAAAAAAUUAGACUUCGAAGCUGUGUUGCAACAAUUUGCGGAAAAGAAGGCAAGAAGAAAACCAUUAUUAGUUUGA